AUGUUCCCAAUCGAACCAAUUCAGCAAAUCAAGGAAUGGAAGACAGGUACAACACUUCCAAUCUGCCUCGGCUGCGAUGUCGGCGGUUCUGGUCUCCGCGUCAGGCUUUCUGAUUUCCAUGAUUCUUCUCGUUAUGUUGAUCUUGGCCACGCAAAGGCUCAGACAACAGCAGAUCUCCUUAAGGUUCUCUUGGACCUUCAGGCCAAAAUACAGCAGGUCGAACCAACAACAGUUUGCCUUGGUGCCGCUAUCGCCGUCGCAGGCCCAAUCAAGAAUAACCAAGUUAUUUUAACAAACUGGCAAGGACCAGCUGAGGGACGUACAUUAUCCAUCUCUCAGCUUCCAAAGGGACUUUUCCCAAAGGAUCGCUCUUACUUCCUUAAUGAUCUUGAAGCAGGAGCUUAUGGUGUUAUCGCCGCCCAUGAACAAUCAAUCCUUGAGGAGAACUUCGUUCAACUCUUCACAGACAGAGCUCCAACAGGCCCAAUUCUUGCUAAGGGCAGAACAGCAGUUCUUGCUAUGGGCUCUGGCCUCGGCGCUGCACUUGUUACACGCACACCACUCCUUAAGACACCACUUGUUCUUCCAACAGAACUUGGCCACGUCCAAAUUUCUCCAAAUAUGGAGAAGCAUAAAUACUUCAAGGACGAGCAGGACCUCAUCCAGCACGUUUCCAACCACUACUACCAAGGCAAACUCGAUCCAGAAUACGAAGAUAUCUGCUCUGGCCGUGGUCUUCAACUUGUUUAUCAAUUCUACCAUCACAAGGAAACAGGAGAAAUGCUACCACUCGAUAAGAUCGAUGCUGGUGAUGUUGCCAAGAGAGCUAUCGCUGGCGAGAAGGAUGCCCAUGCUGCUCUUCGUGCACAUUACAUCUUCUACCUUAGAGCUGCUAAGGCAAUCGCUACAUCACUUUCUUGCGAGUCUUGCGUUCUUUCUCUUGAUAACCAGGUUAAGAACCAUGCAUUCGUUAUGUCUAUCGCUAAGGAACUCGAAGAAGAAUUCUACGAGUUCAUCAGACCAGACUGGAUGACAGGAGUUCGUGUCUACUCUCAGAAGUCUGUUCUCAACUUCAACAUUCUCGGAACAGACUACAUGGCACACGCAAUCGCUAAUAAGGCUGAUUGA